AUGAGCUCCACCGACGAUGAUAUCAGCGACAGCAGUGACGGCAGCGCCAGCAACGACAGUAUUGUCGAACUUCAGGGCAAUCCGAACCAUGUAGGAACAGUUUGUGAGAUUCGCAAGUUUGAAUCUUACUGGAAUAAGAACGGGGAACGUGUUGUUCUGAAAGCAGGAACCAAACUCAUUCGGGCGAAAGUCAAACCCGCCUCCAUAACGACGAAAGCCGCGCUGCUUUCCACCCGGGUCUGGGAUCGUACGCAAACAGAAUUCUACACGGAACUCGAGGUUCAGUCGCCCCAUAUGAAAGCUGCUCUCAAAGCCGUCGUACCAAAAUACAAAGACAUCGAUCCCAAAGCUACGAAUAUUGUGUUCCGCGACACCCCUAAAUGCGUCUUCCACUAUCGCGAUGAGCUUCUCGGCUACAGGAGAAGAUGUUCGGACCAGACCGCUAGCCAGCAUGUUCAAUAUCUUUUAAAUUAUGUGGAUGAGCUCCUUCUAGACGAAAUCUCCAUUUACAAUCGAUAUGUCAAAAACUGCGCACAUUUAGGGAGGCCUGGGAUCGACUACGUCAAUUUGUGGAUGGUCUUCGUUCCUGGCGAGCUCCUCUACGGGGAAUUCGGACAGAUUUUCAAGUUUCACGAGUUGACUGGCUACGCCUGUCUUAAAUCCCGACAUCCAAAUUGUGAGUGGACUAUUUCUGGUUAUAUCAUCGCUACCAAUGGUGUGGAGCUUGGGCACAAAAAAACUGAAUUCACGAUCAAGCGAUGGGAUGGGAUUAGAGCCUUGGACGACCUUCCACUGUACCCUCUUCGGUUCUGCGAACGGCGCGACGAGAUUCGCUCCGAGGUAUUACGAAGGUCUAAAAUGUUCCAGUCACUUAUUGAUUCCUCGGAACCAAAUCACCACCAGUAUAACAACUUGGCCGUGCUUUUUGGUUACGAUCGCGAGCCGACCGCAGAUUGGGAGAUUGGCGGAUUCCCUUGUUGGACCUCCACUAUCAAUGGCCGUAUUAUUAUAGAUCCAAAGGCAUUUCAUGAUCAGCGGCCAUCCUUUGCUCCAUGCCUGUCCGCAAGCCAGAAGAAAUUCAACAUUAGCGAAGGCGAUCACAAGAGAAUGACGGAGGAGGAGCUUUUGAUUUGCUCAAAAGUUAUUAUCGGAUAUUCCCUUUCCGAUAAACAGUGGGGGAUCUUCGAAAUUGACCAUAUCCGCGACCCCGAAUGGAAUGAUAUCGCUUUUGAAUCCCUCAUUCUCGAUCCUGUCAACAAGGAAAUGAUCUUAUCCCUAGUCAGGAACCACUCCGCGGCCAGUGCGCAUAAAGCAUGGGAUUUUGUCGAAGGCAAAGGCGGUGGCAUUGUAUUCCUUCUCCACGGCGACCCUGGACUGGGAAAGACACUCACCGCUGAAGGCGUAGCCGACUAUGUCAGAAAGCCACUUCUAAAACUCGACAGCGCCACUUUGGGUGUGGACUCAGCUACCGUUGAGAAACGGCUCAAAGAAGUUCUUGCCCUCGCCACGUCGUGGCACGCCAUUGUUCUUCUCGACGAGGCCGACAUAUUUCUCGAAUAG